AUGAAUACUACAAGUCAUUUUGCAACUACAAAUCAUUCUUUUAGUGCCCCAUCUUUGGUUUCCGUAAAUUUUAAUAAUCCAAAUAUUAAAAAAGAAUUGUUAUUGAUGAUCGCUGGAUAUCUGAAUUGUGAAGGAUACAAUACAUCGGCCAUAACGUUACUAGAGGAAUGCCAAGCAAAACAAAAAAGAGAAGCUCAAAAACAUUCCUUGAUAGAACAGAUUUGUUCCGAUAUGCGAGACGGUAAUUGGUCAAGCGUUGAUAAUGCACUUCAAGAUUCUUUCAAUAGCUCUACCAUUGGUGUUAGCACCAAUUCGACGAUAUCCAAAUCAACGUUGUACGCAAUAUACAAGCAGUAUUAUUUUGAACUGAUCGAAGGUGGAGAGUAUCAAAAAGCCUUUUCAAUACUCAAUAAGAGAUUGAAACCAUUGAAAUCAGUUUCUACAAAAGAAGAGUUUUCUGAUUUAUGUCUAUUGCUGACAUGUAAGAGCGUGAACGAGGUUGAUAGAUUUCAAGAGUGGAAAGGAAAUAUUUCAAAUAAUUCAAUUCUGACAUAUGGAGGAUAUACUUCACGAGAUGCAUUAAUUGAAAAGAUACUUUACGAGUACAAACGAGAAGAAAGCCUUUCUAUUUUAUUUGAGGGAGACACCCAUCAAAUUUCUAGUGUAGUGCCUCAAAACAGACUUUUAGAACUACUUCAUCAAGCUGUAAAUUAUCAAGCAAUAGAAUCUGCCAAUUAUAUGGAAACCAGAAGCCAUAUAUCAGAGAGGUUUAGAGGUAGUAGAGGACCGAAUGCAGUAUCAUCUCUCUUGUUUGAUUAUGAAACAUUGAUUAUACCAAAUUCUUUAUAUAACACGUUCAAAGGGCACAAAGAGAACGUGAAGUGCGUGGAGUUUAUUGGAAAACAAGGUUUAUAUUUGGCGUCAUGCUCUAGUGAUCACACCAUCAAAAUUUGGAACACUCUGGCACACCCAAACGUCAUUACGCUAAACUCAUCUAACGAAAAGCCUGAAGAUAGCACUUCACCAGUUGCUAAAUCUGAAAAUCAUUCGUCAAUUUUAGAAUCCACAAGCUAUGAAAACGAGCCAUUAAUAGUGUCAUUAGAAGGACAUUCCAAUAGAGUCUGGGAUUUAUCUUGCUCAUCCUCAGGAAAUUUAUUGGCCUCCGCAUCUAGCGAUGGUACUGUAAAAAUUUGGGAUGUUAAGAAUAUUAUUGAAAACAACGGCCAAAACAGAGUGGUUAAUAACUGUUCUCAUUCCAUUGAAUUCAAUACGACUGGUGUUAAAUCAGAUCUCUACAGUGUUGAGUUUGAUCCAAAUGGAAAAUAUAUUGCAACAGGAGGAUAUGAUAAUGUGGUGAUUCUAUAUGAUUUGGAAAAAAACGCAGUUGUAAAGAGAUUUGAAGGGCAUAGGUCAUCAGUAUGUUCAGUUGUGUUUAAUCCUUUUGGAAAUUUGUUGAUAACAGGAGGAAAAGACAAGUCGAUCAAAUUUUGGGAUAUCACGAGUGGUGAAUGUAUUGCCUCCAUUGAUAAGCACCUUGGUGAAGUUACUGGUUUGCAAGUUAGCAAAACAGGAGACAAAUUACUUUCUUGCUCAAAAGACAAUCUCAACAGACUGUGGGAUGUACGAAAAUUAGAAAGCAACUCGACAAAUCAACAAUCAUUAGUGCAACAAAAAUUCAAAGGCCACCAAAAUGCUUACAAGAACUUUAUUCGAUGUAAAUUUGGACCCAAAGAAAGAGUAGUAAUGAGUGGUAGUGAGGAUGGUUAUGUGUACAUUUGGGACUCUCUUACUGGUCAAUUAGUUCAAAAACUUGGUUCUAGCAACAAAUUUUCCAGUUUGAAUGGUGUUUUCAACGGAACGGUUUUUGAUGUUGCUUACAACGCUCAUCAAGGGCUGAUUGCCAGUGCAAGCGAAGAUAAUUUGGUCCGGCUCUUUAAUUACAAGGGAAUGGUGCAUUAA